UCUGUAAUAUAUAAAAAAAAAAAAAAUUUUCGACCAACACACUUUUUAUCCUUUUCGUCGUGAGUACGAACGAAAUAAAAAAAUUCUCAUACAGGAAAAAAUCCAAUCCAAAUUAUAAAACCCAAGUCAAGACGUGGUACGCGCUAAAUGUUGAUUCGUCAAGCGACACGAUUUACCUUCGCAAUAUGUGAAUCGCAUUUAUCAAGACAAACGAAUAUAUCAACAACGCACGGACUCAAAAUAAAACAACGUUUCUUACACAUCAGCAAUAAUACGAGCAGCAGCAGUUCAAGUGCAAGUAACAACGUUAGAAGCACAACAUUCAGUAUGGAAGGAACAUGCGUAAACAAAAUCCCAGUCAAGAAACCAAAAGAAUUGGAAAAUUUAACUAGAUUGACUAUUGCAAAGUCGCAACAGGAUAACCGAGAGUACCGUGGUCUUCAGCUAGACAAUGGCAUGAAAGUAUUGCUCAUUAGUGAUCCGAAGACAGAUGUUUCAGCAGCAGCUUUGUCUGUUGAAGUUGGUCACAUGUCCGAUCCCGAUGAUUUACCCGGGUUAGCUCAUUUCUGCGAGCAUAUGCUUUUCCUUGGCACCGAAAAGUAUCCACACGAGAAUGGUUAUGCCAUGUAUGUAUCGCAAAAUAGUGGAAGUUGCAAUGCAGCUACAUACUCGCACAUGACCAAAUAUCAUUUUCAUGUUGCAUCUGAUAAACUCGAUGGAGCUUUGGAUCGUUUUGCACAAUUCUUUAUUUCACCAUUAUUCACUCCUAGUGCUACUGAUCGUGAAAUUAAUGCUGUCAAUUCAGAAUAUGAAAAGAAUCUCUCAAGUGACAUCUGGAGAGUUAGACAAGUUAAUAAACAUCUAGCUAAACCUAAUCAUCCGUAUAGCAAAUUUGGAAGUGGCAAUAAAAAAUCAUUGUGUGAUACACCGAAAAGUAUGAACAUUGAUGUUCGAGAAGAAUUACUGAAAUUUCAUAAGAAAUGGUAUUCAUCGAAUAUUAUGAGUUUGGCAGUGAUUGGAAAAGAGUCUCUGAAUGAAUUAGAAGAUAUGGUCAUUUCAAAAUUCGCCACAAUCGAAAACAAACAAGUUGAGCUGCCAAUUUGGCGUGGAAAUCCAUUCGAUGAGAAUCAGUAUGGUAAAAAGUUACUGGUUACACCAGUCAAGGAUAUACGUUCCUUGACAAUUAGUUUUACCACAGACGAUUUAAGUGAAUACUACAAAUCUGCGCCCGAUGGUUAUCUGAUUCAUUUAGUUGGACACGAAGCAAAGGGAAGUAUUCUUUAUGAACUCCGUCAACGUGGUUGGUGCAAUGAUUUGAUAGCUGGUCAUAAUAAUACAGUUCGAGGAUUUGGCUUCUUUGAGAUUGUUGUUGAUCUUACCCAAGACGGUAUGGAACAUAUCGAUGAUAUUGUUCAUAUUAUAUUCCAGUACAUCCGAAUGUUGCGGGAGGAAGGCCCUAAAAAAUGGAUUUUCGACGAAUGCUGUGACAUUAAUAAGAUGCACUUUAGGUUUAAGGAGAAGGAUUUGCCAGAGAAUUUGGUUACCAAUGUGGUUGCUUCUAUGCAGAUGUAUCCAUUGGAAGAGGUUCUAACGGCACCGUACUUAAUCAAUGAAUGGGAACCAGAGCUUAUCACUAGCCUUCUCAAUGAACUGGUUCCAGAGAAAUGUCGAAUUAUUAUUGUGAGUCAAAGUUUGGAACCCCAAUUAUUGCAGAGCGAGCCUUGGUAUGGCACCAAAUAUGAUACUGUGGAAAUUGAUGCUAAAACAAUUAAACGUUGGGGUAACUGUGAACGCAACGAAAAUCUAACUUUACCAGCACCCAAUGCUUUCAUUCCCACUGAUUUCACCCUAAUGCCACUCGAUCCAGAUAUGAAUAAGAAUCCAGUUGUUAUAAUGGAUACACCGAUUCUUCGUGUUUGGCACAAACAAGAUGAUGAAUUUCUUACACCCAAAGUUGCCAUGGAUUUUGAUUUCUCCAAUCCAAUGGUUUAUUCUGAUCCACUUAAUUGCAAUUUGAAUCGUAUGUUGGUGGCAUUGUUGAAAGAUCAACUAAAUGAUUAUUUGUAUGAUGCUGAAUUGGCUGGUUUGAAAUUAGAAGUUAUGAAUACUUCGUCAGGAAUAAGUGUAAAUAUUAAAGGUUACAACCACAAACAAGAUGUUUUGCUGGCAAAAGUUUUGGAACAUCUUUUCGAUUUUAAAAUCGAUGAAAAACGUUUUGAUAUCCUGAAGGAGGAUUACAUAAGGUCAUUGAAGAACUUCAAAGCAGAACAGCCAUUCCAACAUGCUAUCUAUUAUUUGGCUCUUAUACUUACUGAGAAUGCGUGGUCGAAAAAUGAAUUGCUAGAUGCAAUGAGUUUGGUUACAAAGGAACGAGUUGAAUACUUUGCAAAGGAAUUCUUUUCAAGAUUACACACUGAAUGCUUUAUUUUUGGUAAUGCUACUAAACAACGUGCUCUAGAAAUCUCGAGCAUUAUAAAUAAAAAGCUUGAAACAACAAAUUCUAUAAUCCUGCCACUGUUAGCGCGACAAAUGUUAAAGAAACGAGAGUACAAAUUGUGUAAUGGAGAAAGUUAUUUGUUCGAAAAUACAAACGAAUUCCACAAGACUUCGUGUGCAGAAUUAUACUUGCAAUGUGGCCCACAAAAUGAUCGAUCAAUGGUGUUGGUGGAUCUUGUUUCACAAAUUCUUACAGAACCCUGCUAUGAUGUUUUAAGAACUAAGGAACAACUUGGCUAUAUUGUUUUUUGUGGUUCUCGAAAAGUAAAUGGAGGAACUGGUCUGCGAAUUUUAGUGCAAUCCACGCGGCAUCCAGCGUAUGUUGAAGACCGCAUUGAGAAUUUUAUUGAAGACAUUGUGAAAAAAGUUGAAGAAAUGCCUGUUGAUGAGUUCGAAAAUCACAAAGAAGCACUUGCCAAUAAGAAGCUAGAGAAAGCAAAGAGUUUCUGGGUGAAGUUUACCCAAUUGUUCAAUGAAAUCACUCUCACUCAGUAUCACUUUGAUAGAGCCGAAACUGAAGUUGCUAUUUUGCGAAAACUUUCCAAGGAGGAACUUCUUGAAUAUAUGAAAACUCAUAUUAGCCGCGAUGCUCCAGAACGUCAUGUUCUUUCAGUGCACAUUGUUUCAACGCAGUUUGACAAAGAGGCUGAUGCUGCCGAUUUAACCAAUAUGGAACGUCAUACAAAACUCAACGAUUUAUCAGCAUUCAAGUCAAGCAAGGAAUUGUAUCCAGUAGCUAGGCCGCAUUUGGAUAUUAGAUCCAAGGGUGCUAGAAGCAAGUUGUAAACUAAAUACACACAUCUUUUAUUUUUGUUUAA